AUGCAAAGUAAAGAAGACCCGCUGUACGGGCACCCUGCCCUGCACCAGGUGUACACGUCUCUCGCUACCAUUCCGCUCUCGGCCCCAACGGGCCGGCGUACUUUAGAGGCUGCACGCGCGUCCAACAGUCCCCGUCCGGGGGCGAGUGCAAGAGGCUCGGCUGUGACCAAAAACAAAUCACUUCCAAUCCCGAGCCAACACCAUGCAGUGUCAUUACGGAACUCGCCCGAGCCAGGAUCUACGGAUUUUGAAGGCAAUUACAUCGGCCCUGCGUCGGGUGUGUCGUUUAUCAAUCGUGUAUGGAGUCGGCUACACCAAGAUGAGACCACUCAUUAUCCAGAUGAACUUCAAAAUGAAUCCUCACGGAACACGGCUGUCUUUAUGUUUGGCGAUAAGCCAUAUUGCAAUUUUCCAGAGGUAGACUUUGCACUGCCAUCCUUUGAGAAAGCCAUGGAAUUGGUUGGUAUCUAUUUCGAUUUCUCCAUGGUGACUUAUCGCUUCGUGCAUAGAGGCAAUGUUGAGGAUUGGACUAGACAACUUUAUGAGAUUGAUAUCUCGCUCUCUAAUUUACCGGUUGGGAACAUGGUUGCCCGAACUGCUGUUGUUCUUAUCAUCUUUGCCGUAAGUACUUUGUACGCAGAGCUCCGGCCAGAUGGGAUGCCUGAUGGGCGUAGUGAAAGUGAACGCUGGUAUGCCGCUUCGAAAUACAUGACCUCUCUCGAGUCAGGACCACCAAGACUGGAGACUAUUCAAGCUCGACUGGGCCAAUGUCUUUACCUACAGUCAUCCUCGCGAGCCAACGAGUGUUGGUACUCAUUCGGCACCACGAUGCAGGUUGUGACAGCUCUUGGAUUACACAGAAAAUGGCCUGCCAAAUUAUCGAAUAAAGGAUGCUCCUAUCUGGAACUGGAGCUGCGCAAGCGGAUUUUUUGGAGUGUAUACAUACUCGAUAAAUAUCUCAGCAUCAUGUUUGGACGACCUCGACUAUUACAUGACGAGGACAUCGAUCAAGGAUUACCAGACGAGAUGAAUGACGAUGACUUACUGGAAGAAGACCCGACAAGACGUACAGGAUCUACGGACAGCAUGAUGAUUGCUUCUGUGCUUCAUUAUAGACUCGGUCGCAUCCUAGGCGACAUAUCACGUCAACUAUACAGCAUAAACACCCCAACCCGCGACUCGCCCCUAGAGACUGCCAUCAGACUAACCUCUGAACUCGAAAAAUGGAAAGAAACGGUCCCACCAUUAUUCAACAGCGUCCGCCCAUCAAGUCUGAUCCCACCCCUCUGCCGACAAAGCCAAGUCCUACAACUUGCCUAUUCGCACGCAAUGAUCCACGUCACACGUUCAUUCCUCCUAACAGACUUCACAGACCUGAGCCGCCGGCCCAAAGUCCCACACCCAAUGGUGAGCUCUCAUGUGCAGAAAUGCAUACAAGCCGCCGAGGAUAUCAUGACCAUGGUUGAUAGACUCGCGCAACAAGGUGUUCUAAUCCAAUCCUUUUGGUUCACGCACUAUGUCUGCUUCUGUGCGAUUUUGGUAGUGUAUAUCUACACCAUCCAGCAACAUCGGAGAUCACUGGGGUCAGCAGCCGGGGCUUCGAUUUCUUCCGCUGGAAGUCCCGGUGGCCCUGAUAAGUUGCGACAGCUGUUUUCUCUCGCAGAGACUUGUCAGCAACAUCUUGCUGAGGCUACGCGGAAGAACUGUCCGAGUCGGCGGUAUGGGAUUAUUCUUGAGGAGCUUCGGCAGGAGGUUCAUCGACAGAUUGGAUCGAAUGAUCUCGCUGUUGAUAUAAAAACUCCCGAUCUUAAUGGGGAUGGUGCUUUUGAGCCAUCUGGAGAUGGCAAUUAUCACGGGGCUGGGGCUUUUGAUGCUCAAACGAUGGAUAUGCCUUCUAUAUUAGGGAUGAUGCAACCUGCCGGUGUGGGGAUGAAUGCAGGAGAGGAUGCAGGGUUUAUUGAGAGCCUUGAGGGAUCGAUAUGGUGGGCUCAACUUGAUUCGUGGGCCUUGUCUGACUUUCAUAAUGACCCUUCAAUAUACAACUUCUGA